AUGAGUUACCGAAAACACGAUGUUCACGAAUGCACCCUUCAGAAAACCGGAAGAAGCGGCGUUCUACUACCUCUUGCUCCUAUGUCUUCAUCUGCCAGGAAAUUCCUACGCUUCAUGAGAAUGCAAGCCCUUCUGAAUGAGCACAACAAGGAAAGUAGGAUAUUCUUCAGAAAUAAGUCUUCUAUGCUGUUAGAGCAGAAGAGACAGGUACGGACAUGCCACUGGUUCAUAAUACAUCCAUUCAGCAAACUCAGUAACAUCUUGGACUGGCUGUUUAUCCUGAUCUGGUUCCCGUCAUGCAUCACCAUACCUCUCCAAGGAGUACCAGCAACUUUUAGCCUUUGGAUUGAGUCAAACGUGAACGUCAUGUUAGGUGUAUUUCAAUUUCUUAUAAUAAUAUCCUUCUUUAUGGUUGGUUACGUUGACUACACACAUACGGGAGUAGUACUGAAUGAGAAAAGAAUUGCUUUUCGGUACUUGAGAUGGUACUUUAUUUUUGACGUUCUGACUGUAUUUGGCACAUGCGGAGCGAAGUACACCAUUACAGGAAGAGAUCCACUGGAAAUCUUUAUUUUCACCUCUAUAGCGACAGUUUCAGUUAUGGUUAGAUUACCAUACCUUCUCAAUACUUUAUACAAAAUACUAAAGCGUCUACGUUUUGGCAAGCCAAUUCGAUUUAUAGCACGCCACUCUGCUCUAUGCUUCAUCAUUCUUCAUAUAUUUACCGUCCACGUUUAUUCGAUCCCACUGAUAAUAUAUGGCGGAAGUUUUCCAUCUGACUCCUGGGUGAAAAAGGCUGGGCUAGAUGAUAUCAAAAGUAUCUCAUCAUUGGACAUCUACUACGAAUGUCAACUAACUGUAGUGUGUCACUUUUUUGGGGCAACGUACGACAAAUAUCCAGUCACCUUGCCUUGCGAAGAAAUUAUCUACGCUAUCAUCUUAUUCACAGGGCGUCUUUACACGAUAUUCUUUAUGGCAGAGGUUCUGCAGCUGUUUGGAUUAGUGAGCAUAUCGCAAAGCAAAUAUGAACAGUUCAUUCAUCAAGUAGAUGAGUACGUCAAGUCCAAAAAGCUGCCAGAUGAGCUCAGUGAGAGGCUGGUGAGGUAUUAUCAGAUCAAGUUGCAAAGACACUAUUUCAAUGAGUCCGAAAUACGUAACACGCUAUCUGAACACUUGAAAACUGAUAUAUUUCUGUUUGGAGCGAGAAGGUUAUUGGAGAAAAUGUCUAUGUUCCAAGCGCUAUCAGGAACGGUCAUUGCUGAAAUGCUAGCAUUUACUAAUUCUGAAACGUUCUUACCUGGGGAUACCAUAUUUAAAGCAGGAGUAGUAACUGAGAACAUCUACUUUAUAUCAUGGGGUACAGUGGCGAUUUACCACAGAAAUGGACAGGAAAUAGGUCAUCUGAAUGACGGAGAUGAGUUUGGAAUAGAUCUACCAGGGCAAGAAGUGCAGCGCUACACUUUCGUAGCAGUCGAGGUCAGUGAAAUCUACUAUGGGAAUAAAAAAGUUAUAAUGCAAGUCUUUGCUACAUACCCGCAAGUAUGGAGACAUUUCCAAAAUACUUGGUCUAAGAGAAUGUCGAAGUUUGGGCUUAUAGAACGACAAAUGGCCAGGGGUGACACCGUUGUAGAGUUACUAAGAGCCACUACUUUGUUAGAAGGGAGGCAAUAUAAGUACGAAACGGAAGACGCAUUUGAGAGAUAG